AUGCAGACUUAUGGACUCAUCCUGCUCCACUCAGAGAGGGUGUUUUCCAUCAUCACUCAGCAUAAGCACCUUGAGGCCCCCCUUCUAGCGGGCCAGGAAGGUGGAUGCAAGGGCCCUGCUGCUGGGUCGGAGAAGAAAGGACCACCGCAGAGCCCAGCCCCUGACACUCAGGAUGUCGCCAGUGGGGAGCCGCCCCUCUCCCGCGCUGUCUCUGGGGAGAAGCCACUGGAGGCCCCUGAUGCUGGUGGAGGGUGCCAGCCACCCAGCUCAGGGGCUCCCCACAAAGACAGAACCGUGGUCUCACCCCGACCCCAGCCUCAGGGAGGUGGUCCCCUCCCCAGGAGAGAGGCCAAAGCAGAGAAAAAGCCCCUCUCUCCAGGCUCCGGUAAGCAGAAAAAGUCGAUUGCCGUGGGUCCAGCCUCAACGUUACCUCCCUGUGCCGAUAACUCGGCCCGUGCCACCCACAACCCAGUGCCCUGUGGGUCAGGCCGGGGGUCCUGCCAUCUGGCCAACCUUCUCAGCACAUUGGCCCAGAGCAGCCAAAACAAAGACCAGAAGAGGCCCCUAGAAGUGACCUGCCAAGUUCGGAAAAAGACUCGAACCCUGUACCGCUCAGACCAGCUGGAGGAGCUGGAGAGGAUAUUCCAAGCAGACCACUACCCUGACAGUGACAAGCGCCGGGAGAUUGCCCAGACCGUGGGGGUCACCCCCCAGCGCAUCAUGGUAAAGGGGGCUGGCCAGGGACAGGGACAGGGAGCGCAGAACCUGCCAGCUGGACCUCAGGAGAGCCGGGCGACGUCUCCCCUACAGGUGUGGUUCCAGAAUCGCAGGGCGAAGUGGCGGAAAGUGGAGAAGCUGAACGGGAAGAAGGGGAAGGAGAGCCCCGCAGGCCCGGUGGCCGCCAGCGGUCAGUGCAGCUCUGCUGCUGAGCUGCCACCCCCUGUGCCCCGGGACCCAGAGCCUGGCGCCUUCCCUCAGGAAGCCCCUCUGGACACUCUUCCAGAGCCCCCCAUGCUUCUGACAUCAGACCAGACUCCUGCCCCAGGCCCACAGAGCGAGGGUGCUCAGAGGGUGGCCGUGACCCCACCGCUCUUCAGCCCCCCACCUGUUCAAAGGGCCAGCCUCCCCUUUCCCCUCGGCCCUGCCCACACACCCCAACUGACGCCUUUGCUGAUGGAGGCGCUUGGAAACGAUGGCAGCCACAGAGACGGCCCCUGUGGGUCCUGGGGGCCAAGUGUCACACCACCCUCCGCCUGCUCAUACCUGGAAGAGCUGGAGCACCAGGACUACCAGCUGAGCAGCCAGCCAGGGCUGUUCCAGGGUCCCCAGGCUCCACAGGCCCAGCUUUUCCCAGCCCCUCCGCCCCCGUUCUCAUACCUGCCUCCCUUCCCCUUCCCCAUGGCCAGCUCACUGACGCCCCCGCUGCCAGAAGACGCUUUCUUCCCGCCACCCUACGGCCCCAACGGGGGUGCCUCGCAAGGCUACUUCCCAGCGCCCCCCACAGGGCAGAUCCUGCUGCAGCCACCUGCUGGGAACAUGGGCACAGCGCCCUGGAAUGACCCUUGCUUGCCAGAACUGCCUUUCCCUGGCCCCUUCUGUCCUCAAGCUCUGGGGCACCCCCCAGGAGGGGACGGCUACUUUCCCGACCUCUUUCUGGCACCCUAUGCUCAGCCGGUGAGCAGGCAGCCUUCUCCAGGGCCCAGCCGGCUGCCUGAGGGGGUUGGACCAGGAGCUGGGCCCUUACCCAGCCAGGCCCCCGAGGAGCCGCCCAGGGCCACUGUGGAGCAGCGCCCAGCACCCGAGCAGGUCCGAGACGACAAGAACAGCCACGGCCCCUAG